GACAAAACACGUGUUCAAAUUUUAUGAAAAAUCUUCUUGUGAUUAUUUUCAGGUAUUGAAAUAUGAACUAGAACGUAUUAAAAAAAAGGGACCAGCGGGCGGCCGGGCCGACGGCGACCACGACGCCGCGCACGGAGAGGACUUCCUGCGCAGCAGCAAGCGGCGGCGGUCGCGCACCAACUUCAACAGCUGGCAGCUGGAGGAGCUGGAGAGGGCGUUCCUGGCCAGCCACUACCCCGACGUCUUCAUGAGGGAGGCGCUCGCCAUGAGGCUCGACCUCAAGGAGUCCCGUGUCGCGGUGUGGUUCCAGAACCGGCGCGCCAAGUGGCGCAAGAAGGAGCACACGAAGAAGGGCCCCGGCCGGCCGGCGCACAACGCGCACCCGCAGACGUGCAGCGGCGAGCCCAUCCCCGAGGAGGAGCUGCGGCGCAAGGAGCGCGAGCGGCGCGACAAGAAGCUGCUCAAGGCGCUGGAGCGGCAGCAGAGGAAGCUGGCGGCCAAGGGCGUCGCCGUGGACCUGGCCACGCUGCGGCGCGAGUGGGAGGCCAAGCACGGCUGCGACGCGGCGCGGCCCUCGUCGUCCUGCGACACCAACCAGUCGUCGGCGGCGCGCUCCGAGUCGGAGCCGUCCUCGCAGGGCGGCCGCGACGACGCCGACGACGACACGGACAUCGACGUGGAGGACGACCAGCCGCCACCGCCGAUGUCGCGGCCCGACGACGCCAGCGGGGACGAGGACGUGAACGUGACGUCGUCGUCGUCGGAGGAGGAGGAGGAAGAGGCCCGGCCGACGAGGCUGUGCCUGCCGGCGCCCAAGUCCAACCCGUUCAGCAUCGAGAGCCUGUUGUCGCGCGCGCACGACAAGGUGCAGAGGAGAGGCGGCGACGGCUGCUGCUCGUAAGACCGCUGGUCCGCGGGCUCAUGGGACGCGUCCCUCCCAUCUACUCUCACAGACUGAUGACGGACGUAGCCAGCGUGCAAGCUGCUCCUUAAAACAUUCGUAGCCCCAAAACUGAACGGCCUUUUUUCCCCUCUCAACAUAAGUGUCGAAACGUCGUAGUCAAUGACAAGAAAAAAAGAUUCCAAUCCUAAACGCCAAUCACUUCAAGAAAUAAACUUUUUGUCUCCAUUUA